GGGUGUCUUUUGUUCUCUCAGAGUGACAUCAUGCCGAACCUUGGGGACAUCUUUCCCAACUUUGAGUGCACCUCGACGCGAGGCACGCUGCGCUGCCAUGACUACAUUGGCGAUGGCUGGGCUCUGUUUUUGAGCCAUCCAGGUGAUUUUACGCCAGUGUGUACAAGCGAGCUAGGCACGCUGGCAGCUCGCUACGACGAGUUUGAAAAGCGAAACUGCAAGAUCAUUUGCCUUUCGUGUGACCCUGUUGAUCGUCACCUCGAAUGGGAGAAGGACGUGAUGGCACAGGCUGGUCUGGACGGUGAUGAGCUGCCCUUCCCCAUUAUUGCCGAUGAAAAGCGCGAGCUGAGCGUUCGCCUGGGCAUCCUGGAUGACGACUUCAAGGACGGUUUUGGCAUUCCUCUCAGCGCCCGCGGCACUUUCCUCAUUGAUCCUGAUCGCCACAUUAAGUUUAUCGCCACCUAUCCCGGCCCCCUGGGCCGCACUUGCGACGAGCUCUUGCGGAUCAUUGAUGGUCUUCAGCUCAUCGAGUACCGCCGUGUGUGCAUCCCCAUGGACUGGCAAUAUGGCCAAGAGGUCAUGACCCGACCCGACGUCACACCCGAGGAAUUCGGGACAGUCUACCCCAAGGGCGUAUCAGUGCAAGAAAUGCCCUCUGGCAAAGAAUACAUGUAUUUCACCCCACAACCCGAACUCUGAUCACUGUGUCGUCCAAGCCACGUUAGCUGCGUCCCUCCUGGGCGCGCGUGUACGCGACGGGAUUUGUGUGCCGCCAGCAAACCCAGCCCCUCCAUCAUCUUUCUUGUGUGGUCGAUGGCCCGUGACUCAAUCUUGGUCGUUCAGGUAGAUUUCCACUUCUUUUCCUCUUUCUUCGUCUUGUUUAGCCCCAUGUUGUUUUGAAUGUCUCUUGUACGCGAGUGGGAGGCGAAGCCUCCCUUCUUGCUUCCAGCGCCUCGAACGAAGCAGUGGCCCAAGACUGGUCUUUGUAAAUAUCUUCAAUGUCCGGUCUUCCCCUCGCCUUCCCUUCCAUGUUCAAGCGCUUUGGCCAAUGAUGGGCCCGGGCCCAGCGCAAUCCCCCCUCUUUUGUUUUUGGCUCUGCUUGUCUUGCGGGUAUCAAAUUAUCAGCAUUGGUAUUUGAGUUCCUUGGUUUUCCUGCCCCCUGGAGGGGCGUUCUUAAUUGAGUAUUUCCAGC